UUGACAGCCCACUAUUUUCUCAUACCACCAACUUUUAAGAGUUUAUAGCCCCAAAAUAUCUUCGAAUCAGUUUUUUGGUUCAACAUUAGGCAAAACCCUAAAUUCCAGAAUUCGUUUCUCAAUUCAAUCACCGUAAUUUCAUUUUUGUUUUAUUGAUAAACCUCUCAAAAAUCCCACAAGAAAAACUGAAGAAUAAAUUGUAUCCUCGUUGGUACAAGUCAUUGGAGUUGCGAGGAUGAUCUUUUCAAGAAUUCGCACCUCAUUAACUCGUUCCUCUCGUUUCCGGAAUAAUAUUAAUGGGGCUAGUAAGGGGAGGUCCUUCGCAUGGAAUAAGGAAAACAUUGGAUCCCCGAAUGUAAAUAGUACGAGUGGCAGUGUUAAUCAAUUUGAAGGGAACCUAGGGUUUCUGAGGGGUUAUUUGACCUCAGUUGGAGGUGGCAAAGGAUCGGUUCCUAGGGGUUAUUUAUCAGAUUUUAGCUACUUUGCUGCAAAUCCCAGAAUUCGUAGAUUUUACUCCAGUGAAGCGCCCAAGAAGAAGAAUUAUGAGAAUUUUUAUCCAAAAGACAAGAAGGAAAAUCCAAAUAAAAAUGACCAGAAAUCUGGGUCCAAAGAGGAAGGAAAUACCGAUGACCAUGGAAACUUUCAUGAAACUUUCAUCAAGAAUUUGCAAAAUAUAGUGACCCCGUUGCUGGUGAUUGGUUUAUUCCUUUCUGCAUUUUCAUCUUCACCACGUGAAGAGAAACAGAUUAGUUUUCAAGAGUUCAAAAACAAGCUUCUAGAACCAGGUUUGGUAGACCAUAUAGUUGUUUCCAAUAAAUCUGUUGCUAAAGUGUAUGUAAGAGGCUCACCGCAGAACCAGGAUAGCCAUGAUACGUCCAAAGGAUCUGAAUUUGAAGCACCAGUUAGCAACAACCGUGCAAGAGGAGCAACUAGUCAAUAUAAAUAUUAUUUUAAUAUUGGAAGUGUUGAGUCAUUUGAAGAAAAAUUGGAAGAAGCUCAAGAAGCAUUGGGGAUAGAUCCACAUGAUUAUAUCCCUGUUACUUACGUUUCUGAAAUGGCUUGGUUCCAAGAGUUGAUGAGAUUUGCUCCUACUCUUUUAUUAUUGGGAUCGCUUAUCUACAUGGGCCGCAAGAUGCAAGGUGGACUUGGAGUUGGAGGUACUGGUGGAAAGGGUGCCCGGGGAAUAUUCAACAUUGGGAAGGCUCACAUUACAAAGUUCGAUAAGAAUUCAAAAAACAAGGUUUAUUUCAAAGAUGUUGCCGGCUGCGAUGAAGCAAAGCAAGAGAUUAUGGAGUUUGUUCACUUUUUAAAGAAUCCUAAGAAGUAUGAGGAGCUGGGAGCCAAAAUCCCUAAAGGUGCUUUAUUGGUUGGACCUCCUGGGACAGGUAAAACGCUCCUAGCAAAAGCAACUGCUGGUGAAUCAGGUGUUCCUUUUCUAACCAUAUCCGGUUCUGAUUUUAUGGAGAUGUUUGUUGGUGUCGGGCCUUCAAGGGUUAGAAACUUGUUUCAAGAGGCAAGGCAAUGUGCACCAAGUAUUAUAUUCAUCGACGAGAUUGAUGCAAUUGGGCGAGCAAGGGGACGUGGGGGCUUCUCUGGUUCCAAUGAUGAGCGUGAAAGCACUCUUAAUCAGUUGCUUGUGGAAAUGGAUGGAUUUGGAACUACUUCUGGUGUAGUUGUUCUUGCUGGCACUAAUAGACCUGAUAUUUUAGACAAAGCCUUGUUGAGACCGGGUCGCUUUGACCGUCAAAUUAGCAUAGACAAACCUGAUAUCAAAGGCCGUGACCAAAUAUUCCAGAUCUAUCUCAAGAAGAUAAAACUUGACCAUGAACCAUCAUACUACUCUCAGAGAUUAGCAGCACUCACUCCUGGAUUUGCUGGAGCAGAUAUCGCAAAUGUUUGCAAUGAAGCAGCUCUGAUUGCUGCCAGGGGUGAGGAAACACAGGUGAAAAUGGAACAUUUUAAUGCAGCUAUAGACAGGAUAAUCGGUGGUCUUGAAAAGAAAAAUAAGGUUAUUAGUAAACUUGAGCGCCGUACUGUCGCCUUCCAUGAAUCAGGUCAUGCUGUAGUAGGCUGGUUUUUAGAACAUGCAGAACCCUUGUUGAAGGUCACUAUCGUCCCUCGUGGAACUGCUGCACUUGGCUUUGCGCAAUAUGUUCCUAAUGAGAACCUUCUCAUGACCAAAGAACAGCUUUUUGAUAUGACUUGCAUGACUCUUGGUGGACGUGCUGCUGAACAGGUGCUGUUGGGAAAAAUAUCAACUGGAGCUCAGAAUGAUUUGGAGAAAGUGACCAAAAUGACAUAUGCCCAAGUAGCAGUCUAUGGUUUUAGUGAGAAAGUUGGUCUUCUCUCUUUUCCUCAGAGGGAUGAUGGGUUUGAGAUGAGCAAGCCAUACAGUAGCAAGACAGCUGCUAUUAUUGACACUGAAGUACGCGAAUGGGUUUCAAAGGCAUAUGAACGAACAGUCGAAUUAAUACAGGAACACAAAGAGCAAGUAGCUAAGAUGGCUGAGUUGUUGCUGGAAAAGGAAACACUUUACCAAGAGGACUUGGUCCAGCUACUUGGUGAACGACCUUUCAAACCAAGUGAGAUGACAAAUUAUGAUAAAUUUAAGCAAGGAUUUCAAGGGGAAAACGAAAAGAGUGGGCAAACUGCAGAAGAUGGGACAACUGAGGACGACGGAUCUUCACCCCUCGUGCCUGAUGUCGUUCCCACGUAGGAUUGAAUGAUGAUCAUGUUUGACGGUGAAGAAAGAGUUCCUCCUUUUAUUAUCUUUAUUUGGGUGAGCGUAGAUGCAUCGAUAAAUUUUAAUCUUUGUUUAUGUAUGCAUCUCCUCAAGCAAAAAUAAUUGCCAUUUCUUGGAAAGAAACUGCCCCAAUCUCGACCAGCUUUUCUGGAGGUUGCUCUUUACACAGGUAAGUGGAUCAACUCAUUCCAAGUCUCCGUCGUCGGAAGUGCACAUUUCAGUGGAUGUUGGUGUUAGGAUGAGGAGUAUCGUAGAAAAUACAGAAUCAAAGGAGGCUUAAUGUAUGCUUGUUGUAUAGUGGCUUUGCAUAAAAUGGAUAGUUCAUUUGCUUUGGUACGACUUGGAGUUGUCAUUUUCUCGACUAACAAUAUAUUGCGUCAACUCAUUGAAAAAUUUAGGGAAGCAACAGUUUGGCA